ACCUAGCUAGCUCGUAGCUUGUGCGCCUUUGCAACUAUCGAGGUUGCCAGCCAUGGCGGCCGUCGCCCGCGAGCAGGCUCCUCCAUUGACGCACGCCGAGAACGAAGAGUUCCUUCGCAUGCUUAGGGACGCCAGGCAAUGAGCUCUCUGUCUCUCUCUAACGGCCAUGGGGCAUGCAGGCUGGGACGCGAAGCUCCGGAGAAGGUGGAGGUCGUGUUCGAGGACGUGAGCGUUCAAGCGGAGGAGCACGUCGGCCGGCGGGCGCUGCCAACACUGCCGAACGCUGUCUUCAACGGUGCCAAGGCUAUAGUAGAUUCUUUGAACACAUGUGCAGCACAAAAGAAGACAUUGAAGAUAAUAAAUGAAGUGAGUGGGACACUAAGACCAUCCAGAAUGACACUAGUUCUUGGAGCACCUGGAUCAGGAAAGACGACCUUCUUAAGAGCACUGGCAGGAAAAUUAGGUUCUUCUUUAAAGUUGCAGGGAAAGGUCUUUUACAAUGGGAAAACAAGACCUUCUACACCGCACUACCUUUGUUCUUAUGUCAGCCAAUAUGAUCUCCACCACGCUGAGAUGACAGUGAGAGAGAUCAUUAAUUUCUCUUCGAACCUGCUUGGAGUAAACAAUGAAUUCGAGAAACUGGGAGAUGCAAUAAAAAGAAAUAUGGAUGCUAGUAAUGAAGUGUAUCAGGAGCUAUUCUCCAAGGCAACUAAGCUCGGAGAGGGAAGUAACCUUAAAACUAACUAUAUUAUUAAGAUUCUUGGCUUGUCUGAUUGCGCUGACACUAUAGUAGGGGAUGCGCUCCGUAGGGGAAUUUCCGGGGGACAAAAAAAGCGAACAACAAUUGGGGAGAUGCUAGUUGGUCGUGCAAAAUGUUUCUUCAUGGAUGACAUAUCGACAGGCUUGGACAGCUCUACAACAUUUGAGAUCAUGACAUUUCUACAACAAAUGACCCAUCUUAUGGAUCUUACAAUGGUUAUUUCGUUAAAGCAACCAGAUCCAGAGACGUUUGAAUUAUUUGAUGACAUUAUUCUUCUAUGUGAGGGUCGUAUUAUUUAUCAUGGGCCUCGGCAUAAUGUUGUUGGUUUCUUUGACACCAUUGGCUUCACAUGUCCAAGUAGGAAAAACGUAGCUGACUUCCUCCAAGAGGUAACCUCAAAAAUGGAUCAGCAGCAGUAUUGGGCAGGUGCUGAAAGAGAGUAUCAAUAUCACACCAUUGAAAGGUUUGAAAAGUACUUCAGAGCCUACAAUCCCCCUCGACUUCUGGAAGACAAACAGUGCCAAAAAGAUGACAAACAAGACAGCAAGGCAUCUGAAGCAGCUGACAGCAAAAACAUUUCAAAAUGGAACAUUUUUAAAGCUUGUUUCUUGAGGGAAGUACUCCUAGUAAAAAGAAAUUCUCCGGUUCAUGUUUUCAAGGCCGUCCAGAUCAUUUUAUUUGCGUUUGUACUUGCAACACUUUUCUUUAGAACAGAGAUGAGCCAUAAUACAGUAAUUGAUGGGAAUAAGUUUUUGGGAUCCCUCUUUAUCGGCGUUGCUGUGGUAAACUUCAAUGGCAUGACAGAACUUGCAAUGACCGUAAAGAGGCUCCCAACAUUCUAUAAGCAAAGGGAGCUGCUAGGAUUGCCAGGCUGGGCUAUCCUAACCUCAAUUUUUCUCGUCAACUUACCCAUGUCACUGACGGAGACAGGCCUUUGGACCUGCUCAACCUAUUAUGCCAUUGGCUAUGCCCCUUCACCUAUUAGGUUUUUCCAGCAGUUACUGGUACUAUUCGCGAUGCAUCAAAUGGCAUUGAGUCUUUAUCGCUUGAUAGCAUCCAUAGGAAGGACACAGGUAAUGACAAACAUGCUAGGGGUUCAAGCUCUUAUAGCAAUGCUCAUACUUGGAGGCUUUGUCAUAUCAAAAGAUGAUCUCCAACCAUGGAUGCGCUGGGGUUAUUGGGCCUCGCCAUUCACCUAUUCUCUUAAUGCUGUCGCUCUGAAUGAAUUUAUUGAUAGGAGAUGGGCUACGGUGUUUCAUUUCGAAGAUGUUAAUACCACUGGAGAGGCUGUCUUGAAGUUCCGAGGAUUAAUAAAUGAGUGGCACUGGUAUUGGGUCUGUGUUGGUGUUUUAUUUGGCUUCUCCCUGAUCUUCAACCUCAUCAGCAUAUUUGCUUUGGAAUUCCUAAACUCUCCACAAGAACAUCAUCUAAAAGUCAAACCACAAAAGAAUCAGGAUAUCGAGUACAAUGAUCAACUUGUUGGAGGUUCGAAAGACCCAACUGAUCAAGGCAAUCUUCCAUUCCAGCCUUUAACCUUCGUGUUCAGUCAAAUCAACUACUUUGUCGACAUGCCAAGAGAAAUGAGAAAGCAUGGAGCAACUGAAGAGAGACUUCAGCUAUUACGUGAUGUUAGUGGUGCAUUCAGGCCAGGCGUGCUAACAGCACUGAUGGGGAUCACUGGUGCAGGGAAAACAACAUUGCUUGAUGUAUUGGCAGGACGGAAAACUGGAGGAUACAUUGAAGGAACAGUUAACAUAGAGGGCUACCCAAAGAGGCAAGAUACAUUCUCAAGGAUCUCAGGUUACUGCGAGCAGACGGACAUACACUCUCCUUACCUCACAGUCUAUGAGUCACUGCAAUUUUCUGCAUACCUUCGCUUGCCUUCAGAAGUUAAUUCACACAAAAGAGAUAUGUUUGUAGAAGAGGUUAUGAGGCUAAUAGAGCUAACUGACUUGAGGAGUGCUAUGGUGGGCAUUCCUGGCGUAACUGGACUAUCAGCUGAGCAACGAAAAAGACUUACUAUAGCGGUGGAGCUAGUUGCUAGCCCUUCCAUAAUUUUCAUGGAUGAGCCAACAACUGGUUUGGAUGCCCGUGCUGCCGCAAUUGUCAUGCGCACAGUACGAAAGACGGUUAACACAGGGCGCACUGUAGUUUGCACAAUUCAUCAGCCAAGCAUUGAGAUUUUUGAAUCUUUCGAUGAGCUGCUUCUUAUGAAUAGAGGGGGUCAGCUAAUUUAUAGUGGGUCACUAGGCCCACUGUCUAGCACUAUGAUAAACUACUUUGAGGCCAUUCCAGGAGUGCCCAGAAUCAAGGAAGGUCAGAACCCAGCUGCAUGGGCACUAGACAUCAGUUCACAUGCCAUGGAAUAUGCAAUUGGAGUGGACUAUUCUGAAAUUUACCGAAACUCAUCACUGCAUAGGGAGAACAUGGCUCUAGUUGCAGAAUUAAGCAAGCCAAGAGCAGGCAAGAAAUAUUUGCAUUUUCCUCCCAGAUAUUGGCCAAACUUUAAAGCACAGUGCAUAGCAUGUUUAUGGAAGCAACAUUGCUCUUUCUGGAAAAACCCUGAAUUAAACGUCGCCCGCUUGUUUUGCACAUUUGGUGUCUCAAUCACAUUUGGCAUGGUCUUCUGGCAUGUCGGUUCAACAAUCAAGGACGAACAGGAUGUGCUAAACAUACUGGGAACUGCAUACACAUCAGCUCUGUUCCUAGGCUACAUGAACUGUGCCACUUUGCAGCCCACUGUAGCAAUGGAGAGAGUCGUGUUCUACCGCGAAAAAGCUUCUGGAAUGUACUCCUCCUUACCGUAUGUCAUUGCUCAGAUAGCAGUUGAAAUCCCUUAUAUUUUUAUCCAAGUAUUCAUUUUCUCAGCAACUGUGUACCCAAUGGCUGGAUUCGAGCUGACUGUCACAAAGUUCCUUUGGUUUGUUAUAUAUAUGAUACUGAGCUUCAUAGACUUUACACUAUUCGGGAUGAUGGUGGUUGCCCUUACACCCAACGAAGAGAUAGCUGCUGUCCUGUCCUUCUUCAUUUUCAUGAUAUGGAAUAGCUUCUCUGGCUUCAUCCUCCCAAGAAAGAUGAUACCAACUUGGUGGAGGUGGAUGUACUGGGCGGACCCAGCAGCAUGGACUGUCUAUGGGCUCAUGUUGUCUCAACUUGGCGACCGCAUGGAGUUCAUCAGUGUUCCAGGGCAACCAGACCAGUCAGUGAGUGAGUUCGUGAAGGACUACCUAGGCCUGCAAGACGACCACUUUGCCUUGAUUACAACUCUACAUAUCGCACUAAGUACACUUUUCGGUGUUGUGUUUUGUCUUGCCAUCAAGUACCUUAAGUUCCAGAGAAGGUAGAUUAUUAACAGAGAUGAAGAAGAUGGAGCAGAGGAUGUGGAGCUUCAGUGCAAUUGUAUCUAUAAUGUAUAAGUGCCCCAAAGUGAAAAGGCACAAUAAGAAGGGAUAGAAGGGAACAAAAGGGGUUUGUCGCAAGUAUUGAAUACAUUAGUGUACCACAGGCAAUUCAACAAACUUUAUGAUUCAAUUAGCCAUAGUUAAAAAAUAAUAAUGGAUAGUACGGUAACCAAAGAUUACAAGCAUAGUCAUGAUGGUACUAUGCCUGGAAUUGAAAAGAAGACUUCUUUCCUGCAGUUCAAAUGAAAUGCACAGAGAUUUAAGGCUAA